AUGACAUGGAAGUGCAAUGCGUGUCUUAACAGCACAGUGGUUCGACUUAUCUCUGGAGGAGACAAGACCACCUACAGGGAUGAAGUCCAGGGACUGGCCAAGUGGUGUUCAGGAAAUAACCUCACCCUGAACUCCUCAAAAGCAAAAGAACUCAUUAUAGACUUCCAGCAGAAAGGAGCAGUCCCCACACCACUGUACAUCAACGGGGACUGUGUUGGAAGAGUCCCUUCCUUCAGAUUUCUGGGCACACACAUUUCUGAAGAUCUCUCCUGGACCACCAACACCAUGGCAGUGGUCAAGAAGGUACAGCAGAGGAUCUACUUCCUGAGAAUUCUCAGGAAAAACAACCUUCAGGAGAAGAUGCUGGUGUCCUACUACCGCUCCACCAUUGAGAGUGUGCUGACAUACUGCAUCUCUACGUGGUACAGCAGCUGCUCAGUGGCAGAGAGGAGAGCACUGCAGGGGGUCAUAAACACGGCCCAGAAGAUCAUCGGCUGCCCACUGCCCUGCCUGGAGGACCUGUUCAGCUCCCGCUGCAUCAGCAGGGCAGCCAACAUCCUGAAGGAUACAUUUCACCUGGGACAUCAUCUAUUUGACCUGCUGCCCUCUGGUUCCGGAAAACAAAAAUACAGGCUCAUAUUUUAAACAAGAGCAUAUUCUGGUUGAUUAGUAACUCAGCAUGUUCUCUGCAGCACAUGCAGCCUCUUUACUGCUCCCAGGAUAGCAACCAUCUCUCACGUCGCUCUCAUCAGCGUGCUACAUUACUGAAC